UAGUGACUUUGUAUAUUUUCUAGUUAAAGUUAGUAUUAUAUGACCCCCGAAAUCAACGAUAUGUAUAUGUCAUCUUCAUAUUUUUACCCUUCGUGGGUAAAUAUCCACAAAACAGCUGUUCGAUAGAGAUGUUUAUCUCGAUGCCUUGGGAUGCAUUAGAAGUUCGGUUUCUGUCGAUUGCUGAGAUAAUAAAUGUCAGUAAUGUAGCGUCCAAAAUGAUCAUCGUCGUGUAAUUGUACUUCUUAGUAAUACGUAACCUCGAUUACCUGUAGAAAUUGUAAGAAUUAUCAUGGCUCAAUGUAAGUUAACCCCUCGUGAGUUUAUAAAUAAUGCUUUCUCCCCACAAAUUGCUGCGGUGUGUUCAACCGCGGCCGAUGCAGCUUGUCAGAAAAAUAAUUUAUCAUUUGUUGAACUUCUACAACCGUUCUGUAAGUUAAAUACCGAAGGUCAUUUUAAAGAUCCGCAAGGAAACACGGUAACUAUUAGGAAUCUUCGACUUUUUAUACAAGAUGUUAAUGCACAGCCACCAGACCCAAGCAUCGCUAGAAAAAUGUUGAACGAAGCAGUUAAUUCAGUUAUGUGCGAGCAUACAACUUCUAUCCGAAUUGGAACAACAGAGCUUGAUAUACCUGUCUCGGUUCCUUGGUUCGAAGCAUGGAGAGAAAUGUUUCUAAGCGUUCAGUUUCCAUCAGAUCACGAAUUCACAAAGCAUUUUCUUGCUUGUAUGGUAGUCAUUUCUACAGCAGAAGACAAUCCUUUGGAAAAGAUACAAAAUAUGGGUGCACAGUUACAUCAAAGUAUACCUGGAAAAUUGCCAAAGUGGUUUAAUAACAAUACACUUAGAUAUUAUAUCUUAGUACAUGAUGCUAUACAAGACGACAGGAAUAAGGCUGAACUAGUUUUUACAGAAAUGAAAAAUAUUUAUGGUGCUAAUAAUUGUUUUUUAUUACAAAUGAAUUCAAGACCUCCUGGUCAAUUUGACGACAAUACUCAUUUGCCAGAUCCUUGGAGUCAAUUUUUAAUAAAGCCUUCGGAAACAUAUGGAGGUAGCGAACAAGGUAGUUCUCCUCGUACACCUGCUGAUACAAGCGGUGUUUCUGCUAUGCCAAAUGAAGUUACAACAGAUACAGACAAAACCAGCCAGGCUGGAACACCAGUAACUUCACAAAAUUCUGUAUUAGUUUCUCCAGAUGUAAAUAGUACUGUUAGUUUUUCUUCCGAAAUAUCUGAAUCUGUAAACACACCUUUAGAAGUUGGACAAGAAGCUGUUUCUGUUACAAUUCAUCCUUUGAGUCCAACAAUUGAAAAAUCACAAAAUCUAAAUUACACUGUACAUACGAAAGGACAAACAGUUAGCGAUACUCCAAUAAAUGUAAAUGUUUGGGCAGAUUCUCCUAGUUACAUAGCAACACAACAUGGUGCUAGAUUGUCUACGCAAGAUCUUGAAAGAUUACGAACAUUAAUAACAGAAUUUUGUUUAAAAAGUUUAUUUCCCUAUGUAGAAAAACAAAUUGGUUUACUGAACGAUGUAAUUUCAAAUAAGAAAGGUGUUAGUAGAUCACUUUUUAGUGCUACAAGACGAUGGUUUGGAACAAAUAAACCUGGAAUACCAGGACCUACUCCGUCGAAUGCUGUAAUUUAUACAACAGAAUCGCCAGAAUUACAAUUGCGUCGCUUAGGUGACUUAUGUUUCAUGUUUGGUCACUAUUCACUUGCUUACCAAGCAUAUCAUAGUGCAAAAAGAGAUUUUGCAGCAGAUCAAGCUUGGCUUUAUUAUGCAGGUGCUCUUGAAAUGGCUGCUUUAAGUGCAUUCAUGCAAGGUGAAACUAAUAGAAAGACUAUUGAAUAUAUGGAUGAUGCAAUAUUAACUUAUUCGAACAGUUGUAAAAAGCCUCAGUUUGCAACAAGGGCAACACUUCUAAGUGCUGAAUGCUUGAAAGGCAGAAGUUUAUACGGAGAGGCUGCAAAACAAUUGAUCCGUAUGACUAGUGAAGAUUCAGAUUUGCGUUCUGCGCUUUUAUUAGAACAAGCAGCUUAUUGUUUCAUUCGACCAAAAAUGAUGCGCAAGUAUGCAUUUCACGCUGUUCUUGCUGGCCAUAGAUUCUCAAAAGCAGGCCAAAGAAAGCAUUCGUUACGAUGUUACCAACAGGCAUACCAGGUGUAUAAUGGAAGGGGUUGGUCAUUAGCCGAAGAUCACAUACAUUUUACCAUUGGCAGACAGGCUGCAUCGCUAAAACAAGUUUGUGAAUCUGUUCAAGCAUUUGAGAAAUUGUUGAAUGCUUACAGCAAACAAGCAGCUCCACAACAAGCUACAUUUUUACGUGAAUUUUUACAUAUCCAUAAUCUACUGUUACAGGGAGGUUUAUCAAAUCAUCAAGAGCUUCCUAUCUUACCUUUACCAUUAAUAGAUAAUAAUAAUAUUAAAGUAUUAUAUGGUCCUAUGGCUGUGCCAUAUGGAAAUAAUAUUCCAGCAAAUCAUGUUUCAUUUGAUAUGGAAGAAUGUGAUGAUGCAAGAUGGUCAAAGAUGGAAGAGAUGUUAAUAACAGAAGCUCAGGGAUCCUCGCCUAUGAUAUUCAGACCAACCAUUUCAUUAUAUUCUAAGACAAGUAAUAACAGCAUAAAACCAAAUGCAGUUUUGCAUGAACCAGUGCAUUUUUUUAUCGAAAUGUAUAAUCCAUUGCACAUACCGCUGCCAUUAUCUAACGUGACUUUGUUAUGGUUGUUCAUUUCUGCCGAUGGACAAAUUACAAAUGAAACGAAGUUGUCGGAAAAUUUAAAGCCAACAGAAGCGCAAGUAAUCGAAACAAUUAUCUUGCAACCAGCUUGUAGACAACAUAUUACAUUGUAUUUAAUACCAAAACAAGUAGGGGAAUUAAAAGUGUUAGGUUUAAGCUAUGAUUUAUCUAAUCCAACACAUGCAAUAGAUCCUCCAGUUGUUAACCCAACAAUAGCUAUUACUGGCAAAAGGUUAUUUGAAAUUAAAGGUCCUAAAUUAAAGAAUAUUAAAGAAAAACCUGGUGCAAAUAUGUAUGGCAUAGAUUAUAGAUUGGAAAUGAAUGUUAUUGAAAAGGCACCUUUUAUGCAGAUUUUCUUUAGUAAGCUGCCCUUGAAAAUGUUAUGUGGUGAAAUUCAAAAAAUAGAAAUUACAUUAAAGAAUGUAGGUAAUGCACCAUUAUCAAAUGUCUACUUAGCAUCUACGGAUGCUAAACUUUUCUCAUUAAGAGACGAGGAUAUGAAUGUACAAGAGAAUACGGUAAAGAAGAAUAAUAAACUUGUAACAAAAAUUCCGUUAACCACCAAUAACGAUACAUUAAACGUUGGAGAGACAUGUAUAAUACCGUUGUGGAUAUGUGCACCCCACGAAAAGGGGACCCAUCGCUUAGAUUUACUUUUUUACUACGAAAAUAUCGAUUCAAAAAGUAUGGUAAAAUACCGACUUUGCAGACAUACAUGGCAUUUUACAGUUUUUGAUUCCAUACAAAUUAGUGCAGUUGCUUCAAGAAGUGUAUUAUUUAAGGAUAUUUCCCCCACGUUGAAUUUAAUAGUGUGCAUUAAAAAUGCAAAUCAUAUUUAUGAUUCCCUUAUGAAUGAAAUCAUGCUGUCUAAAGUAAUGUUUGAAAGUGAUACGUGGUCUGUAUUUAGUUCAUCUGUCUUGCCAACUGAUAUUAAAAUACAUCCUCAGGAAAUGUCUCACUUAAUGCUUAAACUGAGAAAGAAAAACGAGAGUGAAUCAAUAUUUUCUGACGUAUCCUUAACUCAAGAAAUCGUUAGCGCAGAUAUGAAUUAUCCAUAUAUCAGUUUCAUCCAAAGAAGACAUAUUCCGUCGUUAGAAGCGAAUGAAAAUGUAAAUGAAAUGCAACAGCAAUUUCAACGAUCGCCGCAAAAUGUUAACCAAACAUCUUUGUCUGUGACUAUGUCAUUAAAUUCUACUUUAAUCCUUAAAUGGCAAGCGAAAGUAGUUGAAGGUGGAAUUAUUACUAGACAAGCAAUUGGUCAACAUCAUCUUGAUCUCGAAUAUUUGAACAAAACUUAUAAACAUCCCAAGGAAAUUCAAAUUGAACCAAGCGAGUAUGGAGGGUGCUUGAAAAUCUUUGGACCAGAUAAAAACAUACCCACUUUUUUGGCUGUGGCUAAUAAAGAACAAAUUUUAGAAACAGAAUUUUUGAAGAAUAUAGUUUCCUUUUCUUUGAGUCAUACUAGACAAAUCACGCAUAAUUUUAAUCGAAGUCGAUUGUGCUUUGUCCCUGUAAUAAUGUAUAUACAGAAUCAUUUAGAAACACAAAUCGAUAUUAAAGUCAGUACAAUAGGAACUAGCAGUGGGACACAUCUUCCAAAUAUAAAAUCACAAUUGUACUCUCCGCAAGCGUCUACGUUUUAUAGAUACGCUUGCCAUUCAGCUAUUUGUUCUCAGAUACAACCACUUACCAGCAAUACUGUAAAACUACAAGCUUUACUUCCAGCUCCUGGGACAUACGAUUUAGCCGCGCGUGUAGAAGUUUUUGUAAAACUUGUAAAUACUAGAGAAUUCAUCUUGCAAAAGUGGAAAAUGGAGAGCAUAUGUAUUAUUAAUGGUGAUAGUAAAUAGCUAAAAAAUUAUAAAGAUACAUCAUAGUACGAAUAAAAUUAUAUAUGUUUAUGCAUAUAUAAACGAUUCAUUACAGUAUAAUUAG